CCACAUUUGCUCAGGUAACAAGUUAAAGCUUCCAAACAUAUCUGAUGUGGCCAGAAAUGUAUAUAGUACUAAAAUGCUGUAUCUGUACUCAGCUGGAGUAUUUUUGGAGUAAUAUUUUUUUCUCCUUCUUCCACUUUUACACAGGCACAACUAUAGCACGGUUGAACCUGAGAGGGCGUUGCAGAGGUGGAAAUUACCACAAUAAAAGCGUUUUUUUUUUUAGAUUAGGAAAUGUUUAUAAAAAUUAUAAGCAGGAGUGGUGUGUUUAAUCACUUCAAAGGAACACAUUUUAAGGGGCGUGGUUAAUUCCAUGGAAUACCUUUCAAUAAGUGCAUUCUAUGGCACCUUUAAAAAGCUAGUGCACUACGUAGGGAACAUAGGGGGUAGGGCACCAUUUGGGACACAGCCUACUCUAACUGCUCCCAAUGAAACAAAGCCUCACCCUGCUGCAGCUGCUUUAUAACUAGCCUACGGCUACUGUUAACCUCACCUGUACUUUAGCCUGCUGUGCUCUGAUUGGCUCAAACCCCGAGUCCGUUACUAGGGGAAACCGAAGCCACGCCUUUCACGCGGACUGUGAUCCUCCCUCUCAUUCUCAUCAUGGCUCCGGUGGCGGACAGACAGGGCUACUGGGGGAGCCCGACCUCCACGCUGGACUGGUGCGAGGAGAACUAUGUCGUGUCGUUUUACAUCGCGGAGUUCUGGAACACCGUCAGUAACCUGAUCAUGAUCAUCCCUCCAAUUCUUGGAGCCCUGCAGACGUCUAAAAAUGGGCUUGAGAUCCGCUAUGUGUGGGCUUAUUUAGGACUUGCAGCUGUUGGAGUUGGAUCAUGGAGCUUCCACAUGACACUGCAGUAUGAAAUGCAGUUGUUAGAUGAGCUGCCGAUGAUCUACAGCUGCUGUGUCUUCGUUUACUGUAUAUAUGAAUGCUUCAAGCAAAAAAAUGGCAUCAACUAUUUCCUCAUCGCACUUCUGCUUUUAUUCAGUAUUAUUGUUACAGUGGUGUACUUGCAGUGGAAGGAGCCAGUGUUUCAUCAGGUCAUGUACGGCAUGCUGGUGGCGUGUUUAGUGUUCCGGUGUGUUUUCAUCGUCACAUGGGUUUAUCCGUGGCUGAGAGCACUCUGCUACACGUCUUUAACCGUCUUCCUGUUGGGAUUCGUUUUAUGGAACAUUGAUAACAUAUUCUGUGACUCUUUAAGGGCCACACGGCAGAGCCUUCCACCUGUAGUUGGAGCAGUGACUCAGCUCCAUGCUUGGUGGCACAUUCUGACUGGUCUUGGCUCUUACCUCCACAUCCUUCUCAGUCUUCAGAUUCGUUCAACCUACCUCAAGUACAGGCCGAAAGUGAAGUUUGUAUGUGGCAUUUGGCCAAUGCUGCACAUCGAGUCCCAGAAGACAAGCUGAAAGCGCACCAAGGGGAUGAAGAUGGCAGCCAACCACAGACCUCGGACGCUACGAGGUCCAGCCAGUCGCCUCCAGCAGAACCUGGACGUGACCAGCAGCUGGACGUUUGGUCCUCCCAUCCCCACAUUCCCCCGCUUCAGUUUGCCAAGUAUAGUUUGGAGAGAGUUUGCCUGCUGUGGAGAGAGAGAGAGAGAGAGAGAGAGAGAGAGAGAGAUGGUCUGUGUUUCUUUGUUUUAUUCCCGGAUAGAUCAGAGCUUCGUGCUAUGCGUGUAGAGAGAUGACACACGGUAUGUUUGCACACGGUAGGCUUACAAUAGCAGCAUUCACUAAGGACUGACUAAAUUUGAUUAUUGUUUAGAUUAUGGUCAAAUUGAUUUUGACCAGAUUGGAUGAAAACAGGAGAUUUAGGUCCUCAAUGUAGGAAUGAUGUAAAAAAAAAAAAGGUAACAUUUGAUUAUAUAUCAGAUAUUAAUCAUAUCUAAUCAUUAUCAGCCUUAUUGUAAUUUGUUUUUGUUUUAAUGUCAUUUACCGAUUUCAGCUAGACUACUUCCUUAUCUUCUGCGAUUGGGAAUGUACAGCAUGUGAAACAUCACAAAUUGUCAUUACUGUAAUUAUUUAAUUGAAUGAUUAAUUGAAUUUAGUUUUUUUGUGCUGUAGAGAUCUUACGUUCAGUCUUUUUUUAACAAUCAAAAGGGGAUUUAAUACGAAUCAAAGGGAUAAAGUCAGGUUUUUAUUAUUUUUUUUUUUAUGAGACGUUGAUGAGACAAAUAGUAUUAACCUUUUUUUUUUUUUUUCCUAGCCGUUUAAUCCUCAUCAAAUGAGGAGUUGAGUGACUGCAGUAAUUAUGCAAAAUGUUACAUUACAUAAUAGUACUGUAAAUGUGGUAUUUUAUCGUUUGUUUAAUAUUUCAAAAGAAAUAUCAUUUUUCUAAAUUCCUCUAGAAUUAAAUAUUUAGGUUGUAAACAGAGACAUUCACGUGGAGUUUGGUUUGAAACAUUUGGUUUUCAAUGGUGCCUCUAAAAGCUCUCUAAUAGACUGUAAUUAUAUUAAUAAUAAAUGACUAAAUAGUUUCAAGUAUAUUAACAUACAAUAUAUGGCCUGUAUAUGUCUUUGUUGUAAGGGCCAAAAUUGUGGCUAAGCUGUCUGCUAGGCCACCCGAGCCACCAGAGGGAGACACAGAACCACCACACACUGAUUAGGCUUUCACCACCACUGUAUAUGUACACAACAAAUCCAUCAUAUAUAUUUUAUCUAAUUAGCCGUUUCUCACCAAACCCUCCUCUCUGAAUGACUGUGUUUACAUCAGAUCCAUCACUGAAUUAUGCAAUCGUUUUAAAAAAUGUGUGGAAUUCCCUUUUAAUUGUGUUUGAACCAAUGACUGUAGAAAACAUGGACACUGUGGUUAUAUUUCCUUCUCUUCUGUAAAAAAUGGUGCCAAAAUAUUCCACCAUGUUUUACGUAAAAUAGACUUUUGAUGUAGUAAAACAUGAUAAAAAGUACUUACCUUUGAUAAUUAUCACAACUCCUUUCUCCCACAGCGUUCUGAGAUCCAAAAAUUUUAACAGGUCGUCCAAACACCCUUCAGACUGGGUGACACAGGGCACAAUUUGCCCUGAUAAAUUGAUUUUCCACCACUAUCCAGGCUUAAAGUAGCUCCACACCUCCUUGCUAGAAUCCGAAGAGCCCUGACAUUUAAAACGAGGCAUUAAUAACUUUAAAAAGUGCACAAGAAGCUUAUUAAACAACACUGUUUACAUCCCGUAACUCUAGCUUCAGCUCAGAGCGCCGCCAUCACUGUACCGAUAAUGACAUAGACAUUGAUAUAUAUACAUAGACUCUGCAUAGCAUAGCAGCCAGUGCCAGGAGGCAGGCUAUGCGGAAUCUAUGUAUAUAUAUAUAUAUGUCUGUCAUUAUCAGUACAAUGAUGGCAGCACACAGACUGGUGUUUCUGCAUCUAAUCAAUCUAAGAUUGAUUCUUUUAUUUACAUUUUAAUAUCCGCUAUUACAGUUUUAAGUCUUAAGAAGUAAAAAAAGCAAAAUAUUGUUGUGAUCAAUUGGAUGGAUUUUUUUUUUAAAUGAUUAACACCACUAAUUUUAUGGUCGUUUUUCUGGACAGAGAGUUUUUCCUGGCAAGUCCUGAAUGAAAUGUUCCUUUCAAUGGAAAUUCUCAGCCUAGGCUUAGGCUCAGUUUGGGGAACUACCCUAUAAUGUUUUGAAACUCAUUUCCAUGGGAAAAUAAAAUGUGAAAGUAUUCGCCUAAGACCUGUUGUGAGGGGCGGAGCUACACAUCAUACUGCAACUAGCCAGCAGAGGUGUUAGACCUGUGGUAGCUUCAGUUUUGGAAACCCUGUGCUGUCCAUGCUUAUGUACAGUCAUUGGUUUUAUUUCAUGUGUUUUUAUUAUUAUUUAAUGUCCAGCAUUGAUUUGCCUUUUUAUAAUUUAUUCUGUGAACAAAAGUGGCUCCUUAUAUGAAGAAAUACGGAAGUUCUCAUAUCGUAAGGCAGUAUUUUAUGAAGGAAUAGCAUUGAAAAGUAUGGAAACCACUGAAGUAGUGAGUCAAGCUCCACAUCAUCAUUACUUCACCUUUCACAGUUCAGCAACACUACUGUCGGCUACUGGUGAUACCAGUCCUGGUCUCACACUAGUCUAGGAUUCAAUUGGUUCACCAGGCCUGUCUGUGUCUUCCGUAUCGGCUGCAAGAUCCAGAACCAUUCAUUAUCAGACCAACAAACAUUUCAACCUGUGAACAAACAUGCUGUAUGUUUUACUUGUCAUGCAUCUAUACCCUACAUACAGUAUUUUACAUUAUAUAUUUGGUUAUGCUUAUGAAAGAAUACAACAAAAACAUAGUGCAUCAUAGUAUUGUUCUUUUUGGUUCUGUUUUUUUUUUUUUUGUGGACUCAUCCCCUACUGACUGAAGCAGCAUACUCUCAUACUUGCAUACUGUGUGUGGCCGGUUUAUUAGAAACACCUAAAUUGUCUAAAAUGUGCCAGUACAAGCACAUUGUUAAUUUUAUCAGAACAUUUAUAUAAACAUUCAUAUAUUUUUUACACUUUAAGGCGUACUUAAAAUCCUUUAAUUUUGCCAAAAAUCGUCAAUUAGAGGUGAUUAUUAUCAGACUGUAGCCUGCCGCUAACCCCAGCUGGCGCUGAUGGAGCAGCAUUAGCGUUAGCCCCUAACCAUGCUAAGCGUUAGAUCUUUCCCCGUGCAGAGGGGAGUAUAUAUCGGACUGUAGUCUGCGUGUUUACCGCGUUAAAACAAGGUCUAGCUAACGAACCUCUAGCUAAUAUCGGUCUGGCUUACAGUAACAUUUAGAUUGCUCAGUGUGGUGUUGUCGGACGGCAUAGUGCUAGCAGUUAGCCACUAAUGCUAAUGCUAAUGCUGGAGCCUUUGUGGAAAUCCAGCGCUCGUUUGACUUUAAAUGACUUUAAGUCUUUUUUUUUUUGUUAUCACAGUUUUGUGUAACCACAAUCUUGACAUGUUCUCCCUCACCAGUCUUACACACUGCUUUUGGCAAACUUUAUGCCUGCCACUCCUGGUGCAAAAAUUCAAGCAGUUCAGCUUGGUUUAUUGGCUUGUGAUCAUCCAUCUUCCACUUGAUUAUAUUCCAGGGGAUUUCAUUUUGCUAAAAUCAAAGAAACUCAUCAUUUAGUUGAGUAGUUACGAGCUGUAUGAGAGUGACACUCGUCAGGGUUCAGCACCAGCAUAUCCAACCAAUAACUAAUGCUUAAUGAUAAUAAAUUCUAACUAAUACUAAUGAAGGGGAUUGUUAACGCAAUCUGGGCAUCAGCAGAUGGGCUGUAGGUCAAGCUCAGGGCUUCCUUGGAGAAGACCUUUAGUAGUCUCAUACUGUGUUCAGUAGUCCGACUGUCUGAGGGAAGAAACUGUUAUGCACUCUAACCAUAAACUUAAAACACUGUCAGAUUGUCCAGAAAACACAUGUUUGUAUGUGUUUCUAAUAAUCCGGCACUACAGUGUAUCAAUGAAACAAUCAAUAAAACAAAUGAUGCUUAUGAUUUUUUUUUUCUCAUCGAUUUUGGAGUAAGAGCACAAAGCCUUAGCAACACUGCACAACCAACACUUAACGCUAAUACUGGACCCUUCUUGUAAUAACCCUCCCUGCCUUGAAAUUGCGCUUGUUUGUGGCCUACUUGAACUGCCAGUGACUGUGUUAAACUUAAUAAAAGCUGUGCCAUGUUUUGGAGGUUGGGUAGUCCAGGUCCAGGACGUGAAAAUCCACCCCAGGAUCCUGUUCCAACUGCAGUUGGAACAGGAUCCUGGGGUGGAUUGUCACGUCCUGGACCUGGACUACCACCUCUAGUUGUGGCUUUGCAAGUUAUUGUAUCAGUACAUCAGAAAAUCACUAUAUAAAGCACAGUUCUACAGGAACGUAUCGUAGAACCUGUUCUGAUUAACUUGCUGCUUCGGAUAGACUGAGGUUUAGAAGACCUGAUAUUAGUAUUGAGGGUGCCUUAGUGUUUUUUAUUUUAUUUAUUUAUUUUUUUUUUUCUUUCCUGUUGGUAAAAUAUAUUCCAUGCUGCCUUGAUGUCCCUCAUAUCUCUCCUAUCAUAUCAGCUUUCAUGUGCAUCUUCCUCUUACUCAUCCUCAUCCUCAUAGCAUACAAGCCAAGUAAUAAGCUGUUACCCUUAUGUGCCAAUAUACUGUAUUCCGCAAAAAGAGAUCAAACAGAAAAAAAGGAAACUUGCUGAAACUACUGCCAAACCCAUGUAAUCUGCUGUCAGCGUUUAUGAAGAAAUAGCAGGAAUCAAUUCAUUAGUCUUCAUCUGUCAGACAGAGGCUGUUCCUGCUCUGACUUAUUAUGUGUAUGUGUGUGUUUUUUGUUGUUGUUUAUUUGUUUAAAAAAAAAAGUAUGAUGUAGGUUCAGCCAUUUCAGUUUUGUGGAAUUAAAAGUCUGUUAUUGGAACAAGCCUGAUAUCCUCUUUUUUCUUUUUCAUAAGUAAAUAAAUAUGUACAUUCAUUUUUACAUGCUUUGAUAAUGACCAGAAAGAGUAAGACCUGUUUUUUUUUCUUAAAAUGCUAUUAUUUCUACUAAAUGUCCAUUAUCUGUAUUAUGUAUAAAUCUGGAUAAAUUUUA